CUGUCCUUCCAGGAACUUUAAUUGGCCGUUUUCUUGGAGGCUAUAUUGUUGACAGAUUGCAAAUGUCAACUAAAGUUGUAUUGAAAUUUAUGAUGGUGUCAUCAUUUAUAUCAGUUGUACUUUUCCUAUUAACCUUUUUUUGGUCGUGUGAAACAGCAGGCUUUGCUGGAAUCGAUGAUGAUUAUGAUGGCCUUGGCAAACUUGGAAACCUCACAGCUCCGUGCAAUGAGCACUGUGGUUGCAUGAUGACUGACUAUAGUACUAUAUGUGGAAGAGAUGAGAAACAAUAUUUCUCUGCCUGCUUUGCAGGCUGCAGAGCUUCAAAACCACUAAGGAAGGAAAAGGCAUACUACAAUUGUUCUUGCAUUAAAGAAGGAUUGACAGCUGCUGAUGACGAUGGUCAAUUUUUUGAUGCUGUUUCUGGAAGAUGUAAUACCAAAUGCCUUACAUUACCUUUGCUUUUUGCCUUUUACUUUGCUGCCACAGUUUUUUCUAAUUUUUGUAGUGUACCAUCCUUCAUGAUUGUGUUGAAAAGUGUACCUGCCAGUUGGAAUUCAAUGAGUCUGGGUGUGACAUAUACAAUUUGGAGAUUCGUUGGCUCUGUUCCUGACCAUCUACUUUUUGCAUCAACGUCAGAUUAUACUUGUAAUUUCUGGAACAUUAAUUCAUGUGGGGAAAAAGGACGGUGUUGGAUCUAUAAUAAGAAAAAUUUGGUCUUCACAUUUCAGACAACUUAUAAACAUAUUGAAGACAUCAAACUGAAUAAAGGGAUUUGUGACAUCAGUGCAAGAUCCCAACAAGGGAUUAGCAUGCAAAUAUCAACAGGCCUGCUUUGUCUUUAUGGGAUUUAUCGACAUGAUUAUGUGGUAAAUGAAAAGAAUAAAAGUUUGGCUAUACAUGUAAAGGAUGAAAAAGAAAACGAAAAAAAAAAGCUUGAUUUCUAACUGAUUUCUCCAUUGGGAGUGGAGAAUCUGUGAGUUUCUGAGUUCUAAGGACAUCAGUCUUUCCUUUGAAGAUUUUGUAAGAUGCAGCUGUGCUAUAAUUUCAGAAGAAAUAACUACCAUUAAAGUAUCUAUGUGGAUCUUUAUUUUCAUAAUAAAAUAUUUGUAUGAAA